AUUAAAUGUAGUAAUUUGACAUUCAAGUAUUUGAUCACCAUUACCUUUGCCAGUAUUAAGAUCAUUAAAGUAUCGAAUAUCAUACUAAGGAUUAUCGAUCGCUACUUAGAAACUCUUUUUUCAUUUCUAGAAACAACUAAAAUAUACAUAUAUUUAGAUAGGCUAAUUCUCAAUAUUAUCAAUUUUCAAAAUUUCAUCCAACUAAAGCCAAUGAGAUUACACACUAUUAAUUAAGAAAAUGUUUAAUCUAUAAUUAAUUUACCAAUCUACUCAUAUAUUCCAGCUACGAUCGAUUAAGUGUUUAUAAUCCUUGUAAUUAUAAAUAAUAGAUUUAAAUGAUCUAAGACUUUAAUAUUGUUGGUUUAAGUCAAUGCGAACAUUUAGUAUUGAUGUAAAAAUUUACUUUAGCUAAAGGGCAGGAUUACAAGCGAAUAUUUUAUUUUUUUCAUUGAGAAAUGGUCAAUCAUAAAUAUAAAAAAUAGUACCCAAUUAAGAAUGUAUAAUCAAUUAAGCUGACUUUAUAAAUAACAAAGAAAUUAUUGUAAGUGACAAUGCUAAUCAGAUUCGUAUUUUCGAUGCUGAUAAUUUUGAAAAAGAAAAAUAUCUAAUUAAUUGUAAAUUAUCAACAUUAUGAAAAGGUUCUCAUCCGGUAAAUCAUUGUGAGAUUUUGUAAAAUCUAAUCAUUGCAUGUUUAGAUUAACCCAUAAUAUUUGCAUAUGAUAGAAGAUAAAUUGAACCUUCAUUCUAGUUAAAAGGACAUUAAAAUAAUAAUUUUGUUGUUAGAUUUGAUCCAUAAGACAAUUAGAAAGUUGCAACUUCAGGAGAAGAUAAAAAAUGUUUAAUUUGGGAUUUAAGAAAUUAUUCAAAACCCUAUUCAGAAGUGCAAGCAAUUACAACUCCAUUUUAUAACAUAUUAUACAAUAGUUAAGGUUAAUUGAUUUGCAUUGAAAGUGAUGAUUUUAUUUAGAUUGUCGAUUUAUAGAAUACAAAGUUAUAUUAGAUUAUUGAUUUUUUUGGAAAAUGUCAUGGAUGCACAUUUUUCCAAGACAAAAUGUACUUUAAUCUAUAGUCUAAUAGAUAAACAGGCUUAUUUGAAUAUAAUUUAAUAAAUAAUAAUAAAUGUUGA